AUGUCGCCGCAGCUCCUCCUCCGCCGCGUCGCCGGCGCCGGCGCCCGCCGCCAGGUACGCGGCCACCACCGCCGCCCCCUCAGCUCGGCGUCGGGGGCGGACCUCUACGGCGGCGAGAUGCGGGGGGCCCCGCAGCACGGCGAGGAGAGCAAGGCGGUGAAGGUGUCGGUGUGGUGGGACUUCGAGAACUGCGCGGUGCCCCAGAACGUCAACGUCUGCCGCGUCGCCCAGCGCGUCUCCGCCGCGCUCCGCGCCGCCGGCGUCCGCGGCCCGCUCUCCAUCACCGCCUUCGGGGACGUGCAGCAGCUCUCCCGCGCCACGCAGGAGGCGCUCGCCGCCACCGGCGUCGCCAUCUCCCACGUCCCGAGCAGUGGAAAGAAUAGUUCUGACCGGUCAUUUCUGGCUGAUCUUGUCUACUGGGUUGCUCAGAAUCCCCCACCAGCUCAUUUUUUCCUCAUAUCUGGGGAUAAAGAUUUCGCAAACAUUUUGUAUCGGUUACGAAUGAGCAACUACAACAUAUUACUUGCUUGCCCUGGUAAUAGGACUACCAGUGUACUGUGCAAUGCAGCGACAGUUAUGUGGCGUUGGGAAGCUUUAGUUAGAGGGGAAAAUUUCUCACCGAAACGUUUUAACCACCCACCAGAUGGUUUAUCUGGAUCUUGGUAUGGUCACUACAGAGGAGCCCUUGAUGACCCCUUCGUGGAGGCUGAAUCAGAAGAAACCGUUGCAACACCAGUACCAUCUGACUCCAAAUUGUGCCGAAAGACCAAAAUUCCAGUUAAGGCAAUCCCUCAACAUGUGGUUAAUAUUAUACAAAAUGUACUAAAGUCAUAUCCUGAUGGGGUGAGACUUUCGGUUCUCCUGGAAACACUCAGAAAGAGAAAUGUGCGUCUUGAUUCUGAUUACUUUGGCCACAAAAAGUUCUCUUGCCUUCUCCAAUCGAUGCCUGAUAUUGUGAAAGUUAUUCCACCUACUGAACCUCAUGAAUAUGAGCCAUCUGCAUUUCGGGUCAAUAAAAGGUUACAGGAGCCUGCUGAACAAAGUUUGAACCCCCUGAGUUCUGCUGAAAUUGAUGUCAAGGACAAUAACCUGGAUCAAGCAACACACAAUGACAAGCAACCUCCAUCCUUUGUGUCAACUUCUUUUCCUGAACAAAAUUGUGAAACCUUAAGUUCUCAACAAAGUGUCGUUGGGGAGAGAAGCUUCAAGCAGACUGUAGAUGAGAACCCAGCUGCAUCUGCUGUCUCAUCUUCACCACAAGAUGUGUUACCUGAGGAUCAACAGGAGUGCCCAGCAGCUGAUAUGAAUGCACAGACAGAAUUACCUGCCAACCACGUGGAAUUGGAUGCCUCUAGAACUCCCUCUUCCUUAGGGGUAGAAGGUACUGUCAACAGCGAUGGGCUAUUGAAAAGGAUCUUGGUACUAUGGAACGGCCCUGAGAGUACUAAGCGUGAGGUUUCUCCAUGUCAUGAAGGCACUUCUGCUGAAGUUUUUGAUUUGCAAACUCCUCAUCAAGAUCACAGUACUGAUCAAUGUAGCAGGCUUCUGGAUAGGACUGGUAAGACCUCUCCCCAUAACAUCAGCUCAGAUGGAACCAAUAACUCUGCAGCGAUAUCUGAUAACUUUUCAACUUUGUCCGGCCAUGACCCUUCUGAAAAACAUGCAGAAGAGAUGGGAACGCUAAAGAGUGCGCCAUCAGUUCUCCAGAACUCAAAACCGUGUAGUGGGUCUACAUCUGUUCCAUUGUGUAAAGCUGGAGGUGAUACCUCAAAGAUGAGUAAGGGCUUAUUUAGCUGGCUAACGGGGUGGUGGAAAACUGAAAAAUCAGAUGCAGAUAACAGAACAAUCAAUAAAAGUGUCACUGAUGAACCAAAUACGGACAUGACUGAUGAAUCUGAAUCUUUGAAGGCUUCAACUUGUGGAAGUGAGCAGCAGGUGGUUAAUAAAAUAUUCACAAAAUUUUACUUUUGGGAUGUUUUAGGAAAACACCUAUCGAAGCCCCUUGCAUCUGAGCUUGUUUCAAAAGCAAAGACGAGGGAGGAAUUGAUAAAUGGAUUGCAGAAGUUAGAAUGUUGGCCACUCAAUGGCCUUGCCGAGAAAGAUCUCAAUCAGCUGGUACAUUUGUUAGUUUCAGAAAAGAAAUGGAUCGAGGAAACUCCUUCCAACUAUUUCCCAUUUCGUGUUACACUCCCUCAAAAGAGAACAUGUGUUCCAUCAAAUUCUAGUAAAUUUGAUCUCAGUACUCUCUUCUCCAAUGGGAAACCCUUGGAGCGUGGUAAAUAUGCCGGUGACAAAGGCAGGACAAACAGAAGUCUCACAAGGGAGGAAGUAUUGUCUGAUUGCCACAAGCUGUUGAAGGACCUUCUUCUGGAACACAAACAUGGUUUUAACAUCAGCAUUUUCAAGCUCCAGUUUGCUCAGAAGAAUGGGUAUGAGCUCGACCACAAGAAGCUUGGGUACGCAGACAUUGAGUCACUGUUGCAGAUUAUGCCUGGCGUGACAGUAAAGUUUCCAAGGGUUGUACAUGCAGAAAAUGGGAAAGGUCAGGAUAGUAGCAAGGACGGUGGGAAUCAAUGUAAUGGUGACGAUUUCAUCUGGGAGGAACUGGGUCCUGUUUCUGCCACUUCCAAAACUGCUGAAGGAGUUGAUGAGGAAACAUGCUACCAGCCUCCUAACCACUCAAAAGAUGAAUUCUCUGAUAACGAGAAUCAAGCAGACCAACGGGCCAGAACUGGGCAGAACUCGCUCCUUUCAAUCAUCGAUUCCUGGAACAGGAGCAGCAGCAAGGGUGAUGGCUCCAGCAUGACACCUGAAGAGAUCGAUGGGCUCGUGGAUUGUUCCAGGAGCAGUCCAGGUUAUGUUGACACCCUGAAGGCUGCAAGGCAACCGCAGAAGCAGUACAGCUUUGUUUCUUCCGACUCGGAGGGAGAAGGCGAGAACAAGGAUAAGCUUGUAGAAAGCGUGUUGGGCAGCCUGCAGAAAGCACGGGGCGUGAAGUUGCCUAAUUGAUGAGCUGGUAAUUGCAGCUUUCAUUUUUUUCCCUUUCUUUUUGGCGACAAAAUUGCAGCAUUUAGCCCUGUGUUACCACACCGAAAGCUGACAUGCUCCUCGUUCCGGUUAUGCUCAGUCAUCAACUCCUCAAAGCAGUAGGUUAUGUUAGUGAGCUAUAUAUUUUUUCUAUUCUACUUAGUUUAAGAGGGUACUCUUAUACGAAUUCACGGUUGGUUAACCAACGAGCUUCGUUUAGUUUAUUUUGGUGAGGGUUCACUAUUAUCGAGAAGGACUGCAGUUAGUUUCCUAGUUGACAUGAUAUAAGGUGAGUUUCUACACCAGGCCAGAGAAAAACAGUUAUCUUCUGGAUUCUUUGAUGCAAUGUCUGUUGUUUGAUUCUCACAUUUGCUACAUUUGGGUCAAGAUUCGUUGUUGCA